ACUGGGCUCCCCAGCCUCAUCCCAGUACAAACUGGGCCCAUUCCCAGUACAAACUGAGACCCUCAGCCUCAUCCCAGUACAAACUGGGCCCAUUCCCAGUACAAACUGAGACCCUCAGCCCUUUCCCAGUAUGAAUUGAGCCCAUCGCAGUUCGAACUGGGCCCCCCAGCCCCAUCCCGGUACAAACUGGGCCCAUUCCCAGUACAAACUGGGCGCCUUCCCUUCGCCCCGCCCCCCGUUGCCAGGUAACCGCCACCGCCGUUCCCACCUCUUUUCCCCCCGUUGCCAGGCAGCUUCCGCCAUUUUUGUCAUCUCCCCCGUUGCCAGGCAACCGCCGCCAUUUUGUCCCCUCCUCCCGUUGCCAGGCAACCGCCGCCAUUUUGUCCCCUCCCCCCGUUUCCAGGCAACCGACGCCAUUUCGUCCUGCCCCGCCGGGCUGCCCGCACUGCGCAUGCGCGCUCGCCGGCCUCCCAUUGGCUCCCGCCCCGCGGCUUCAAACGGUCCGGCGGGAGCGAUGGCGGCGGAGGCUGCGGCCGCACCCCCCCGGCGGGUUCAGGUCUGCGUCCGCCUGCGCCCCGGCCCCCCCGGUGAGGAUCCCUGCCUGCUGCCCCUCGACUCCCACACCCUGCAGCUGCGUGAGGACCCCCCCCACGCCCCCUCCUGCUACCGCUUCGAUGCUGUUUACGACGCCGCCAGCUCCACGGCCGCCGUCUACGAGGGCUCCGUCCGCCCGCUGCUGGCCCAGUUCCUGGCCGGCAGCGACCCCCCGAAAGGCUGACACGGUGCCCCCGUGCCCCUACCAGGGAAGACUCACACCAUGCUGGGCGGUGAAGGGGAGCCCGGCUUGGUGCAGCGCGCCCUCGAGGAGCUUCUGCAGGCCGUGGGCGCCAGCCGCUGCCUCAGCGUGGCCUGCAUGGAGGUGUACUGCGAGGAGGUGGGCUUGUGCCCCGUUCCUCCCCCUCAAAUCGCCCCCCCUUUUGGUCCACCUCCCCUCCCCAGGUGCCGGUGUCCCCCCAUUUCUCGACCUGUGCCACCCCCAGUCUCCAGAUCUGCCUUCCCCUAUAGGCAGAUCCCCCCCAGACCCCACUAUACCCCCCAAAAAAGCAUAAUCCCCCCCCCAAAAAAAAACAUAUUCCCCUCC